AUGUCUGAUUCGAUUCCGUCAGUAGAACUCUUUUUGAGGGCUGCUCCAUCAAAUAAGAAGGAGAAAGGUGCAUGCCUCGUUGGUCAGCAAUGGAUGAUGGUUCUACGUACGCUUGAAAAUAAAGGACUCAUCAAACUUAAAGUCACUCCUACUUCACUGGAUAGUCCAUCGGAAAAUUACACCAAGCUUAAUGCUGCUAGAUUACUUCCUAUUGCUUGGAUAGAGUCUGGACAAUUGGAAGGGGAAAAUGCUGCAGGAACGGUCAUUCCGUCCUCUGGUUCUUUAGAAACACUUAUGCACCAACUAAAAGAACCGAACUUAAACGCAGCUCUAAGCAAGGAUGAAGUCUUUAAGGUCGAAAAAAUAUGUGAAGAUUUGUACAAAAACUUCAUGCACUAUGUAAGGAAUAAUGUGAUCAAACCCUUGCAGUCAACAUUGUCAAACAUAGAUUCCUAUUUGGCAUCACAAAAAGGCGCGUAUUUGCUUGGAAACGAAUUAUCUUAUGUGGAUUGCCAGCUCAUGCCUAGAUUGCAGCAUAUUCGUGUCGCCGGACGAGCGUACAAAAACUUCGACAUUCCUGAAAACCUUGGUCAUUUGUGGCACUAUAUCAAAGAGAUGUAUAAUACAGAUUGUUUCAUGGAUUCCUGUCCAUCUGAUCGAGAUAUACUGAUGCAUUACGAAGAGCGAGAUCCUCUCCCAAAGGAUAUUCGUCCAAGUCUUCUCGGACCGGACCGCCUUCACAGUAUUCCAUCAUCCGUACUAAUCUCGCACGAAAACGGAGAUGACGAUUAA